CACAGCACUCAACAAGUGAAUGACAUUAUCACCAGGUGGAAAACGUAUAACAACUAAACGGCUUGUGCGUCAUUCACCACUAGCACAACGUUUUCUAAGAAGUGCACGCAAUGUUUUAUGUAGAAUAUCACAAGGAGUAUUUAAUUUGUUUAAAAAGCGUUUAAGAAGAAUUGCAAAAAUUAUACAGGCUAUUCGUUUUUUAGGGAAUGGUUUACCAGUUAUUAUAUGUGAAAUUGCUUUUAUUGGAGUAAGAACAAGAAGAAUUGGGAGUUAUUCUACAGUAGAAGUUUUUUAUAAGCAUAGUGAAGAUAACAAAAAGCUGAGAUAUGAAACAACAAUAGAUUCAAUGGAACCUCCACGGAGUACAAGUGCACGCUGUGCAGUACGGGAUGCACCAGAUUCACCAUCAACACCAGGAUUUUUAAUGCGUUUUUGGCGUAAUAAACAUGAUAAAUCGUUGGAAGAAUCAACAAUAGAUACGACAAUUACUAAAUCAGUAAAUGAUACUCCGAACGAGCCUAUAAAUAGUAAUACAAAUGAACAUGUUUGGGAAUUGUCUGUUUGGAAUCCUUCAAAACAAUUAAUAUAUUUUUUCUGCUUUUUUAAUCCUGUUCAUCUUAUUUUAUUAUGGUAUCAUCCACUUAGUCUAAAGCAUCUCAUGUUAGCAGCAGCAAUUGCUUUUCAGCUUUUUCUUUUACACCAAGUUUACGCAGGCUAUGUUACAGAUAAAUCCAUUAUUCAUGGAGAAGUAUUUAAUGAAUACUCUAAAAAGUUUGUGGAACCACGUUUAUUUCCAUAUAAGCGAGAUGUUGCAACAUCAACACACCCGGAUACAGUUCAGAUUGACGUACAUACGCCUCAUGGAAAGCCAAGUAAAAACAUGCACCAGGCUUCAGUACCAGUAUCUAAUAGGAUCCGAUCAUUGAUUGAAGAUGAGUGGCAUACACCAAGCAAAACCCAAAAAGGAACAUUCAAAGGGUUUCCUAUGUCACCUAUAAAAAAUAUUCAGCCAUCUCCUGCUAAAGGAUUUCGUCCUGCCAAUUCUUGGUCCAUUAAUACAUCUACAAGCCACCUACGUUCUCAUCCAAAUACUAACCCUGGAACAAAACAUUUUUAGAGUUUAUC